AUGGAUGCCUCAGAUCUUAUUAAUGAAUUGCUGGAUGAAAUCCUGUUAGAAAUCUUUGUUACGCUGUCAGUUAAAGAGGCAGCCAGAACGGCUGUUUUAUGGUAUGGUAUGGUAAAUUAUGAAGAGGAACGAAGCAAGUACGUGAAUUGCUUCGCAUCAAGGAGGGACAAGGAUGAACUGACUAACAUCGACCGAUGGAUCCAGUUUGCAGCAGCCAAGGGGGUUAGCAGGCUUGAGUUCAACUUUUCAGAUGAGUUUGUAAUUCAUCCACGACGUCAGACCCGCCAUCUUUCGGAGGCUGAAAGGUGUUACACCUCGCCAACUCCAAUAACUGAGUUAAUGAAAUUAGGCAGGGACUUAAAGCAGCUGGCUUCCCUCCGCCUGCGCUCUGUCGGUCUAGCCGAUGAGCACGUGCCUUGCUUCUUGCAUAAUUGUCCCCAACUGGAGGAGCUAUCAAUUGUUCAUGCACCAUCUCUAAGUGAUGUGAAGGUUGUUGCUGCCAAAGUUGGCCAUGCUCUUAGGUUGAAGCACUUGGAGAUCAGCGAGUGCAAGGGGUUGCAGCAUCUUGAGGUCGUUGCCUCUUUUUAA